AUGGAUAUAGCGGCAACCUCCGUGGCUCUGGUUGGUACAUCCGCCACCAUGCUGCUGUGUGUCAUCGCCGGCAUCUCUCUCCUGAUAGAGAUACACGCAUUCUACGACGACGCCAUUUUGCAGCUAUCGGAAUUCAAGGAGAUGGCAGAUGAUGCAUGGUCGACGAUGGAGCUAUCGCAUCAAGAGGUGCGAAAGAAGCGACAGAUAUCAAAAAGAAGUUAUGGCCACAACUGUCCUUGCCAGAUGAUGAACAAGUUGAGCUGUCCACCAGGGCCACCCGGUCCACCUGGAAAACAGGGCAGUCCCGGAGUGCCUGGUAUGAGAGGUAUGAAAGGCAAGCGCGGCCGAGAUGGAAUUGUGGUCCAUUUUGGAUUCCUGUCUAGCAGCUGUGUUCAAUGUCCGGCUGGUCCUCCAGGACUUCCUGGAAUUGACGGACUUCCUGGGGCGCCGGGACGAGAUGGCGCACAGGGCUUAAACGGCAACGAAGGAGCUCCGGGUUUACCUGGUCUGCAAGGAGUUGAAGGAGAUGCGGGUGUCGAAGGCGUUAUGGGAAGUCCUGGAACAGAUGGCGCACCAGGCACUCGCGGACAAAGAGGCGUUGGUACCCCAGGUCCCGCUGGUCCACCCGGACCUGCAGGACCUCCUGGAGCACCUGGAAGAACAGGCGAUUUUGGCUGGUCUGCUUUUCCCGGCCCCCCUGGACCAGCAGGACAGCCAGGAAAGCCGGGUGUCCCUGGGUUAGAUGGAGAACCUGGGAUUGCCGGUGAACCCGGUUCAGUUGGUUUUGAUGCUAUAUAUUGUCCUUGUCCGAAGCGUGCAUCUCAUUAUCAGCAUUUGAAAGCACUGUCAAAAAAUCUCGCCGUUAUCACUGUUACCAGGAAGAUUGAAGUCGCCGAUGGUCAUUAUCAAAAAAAUUCCGACAGUGAGAAUCACAAAUCAGAUAGUCUCACAUCAUUGGGCUACACUCAAACGUUUUAUUUUUGA